CGGCCUUACAAGUGUCCCUACCCGCUGUGCGGCCGCGCCUUUAGCAGGCUCGAGCACCAGACCCGCCACAUCCGCACGCACACGGGCGAAAAACCCUUCGUGUGCACCUUUGCAGCCUGCGAGAAGCGCUUCUCGCGCUCGGACGAGCUCACGCGCCACUCGCGCAUACAC